AUGAUCGUCCUGCUAAUGAUGACCAUGUCAAAACUUCGCAAACUCACCACAUUCUCCGGCCGGCUGAUUCUCCAGUCAUUAACUAUCGAUCUCGCCUUCUGUUUAAUCGCAAAUCCAAUGAUCAACGUCCCUAUCUAUCUUACCCAGAUACAUAGAGAAUUCAUCUACCACUGCAUUCCAGCCAGUUUCGCCUUAAUCGUCGUUAUUCAUGCUGGAAGCUGGACAGGAAUGGCUCUGUCUGUUAACCGCUUCUUCGCCAUCGUCGCGCCGUUCUGGAGCAAGAAGUUUCAGUCACAGCGGUACGCCAUAAUCGUCCCAAUAUGUGUCCUGUGUGUUGCGAUUGGAUGCAACAUUCCCCCACUGUAUUCCGCGGGAUUAACCCACGGACGUCUGCAGUCGGGUGGCUGCGGAUGGGUCCAUAAAGACGGCGCCACCGUCUCGCUUAUUGGGACGAUCGGCACGUAUCUGCCGCUGGGAGUGAUGUUCGUUAUAUACUCUAUUUUGUUCGUCGUGGUAGAACUGACCAAGGUAUCGAACCGGCGACAGAGUAUGGCUGGCGGUGAUCUCCCUCAGAAUCGCAUGCUACAGCGCCGGCUGCGUAUUACCAAGGCGUUGUGUUUAUCGUUUAUCUGGUACUGCAUUUGCACACUGCCACCGGCGAUUCUGGUUAUGUUUUACGCGGAAUGGUGGAACACGGAGAUACGCUGGUUAUUGUGCACGAAGACCGCCCAGGUGUUGGCAUACGCUGCCAGCCCGGUGUUUUUCUUUGCGGUCAACGGCCAGUACAGAAUUCAACUGAAGAAAAUAUGUUUGGAUAGGCUGGUUUUCCUUGGCCUUUAUCCUCGCCGCGGAACACAUAGAAGACAUAACGCUACCCCACAAGAAAAUAUGGAAUUAAACCCGGUUGGCUGUAGCCGGGAGGCACUUUGAGCGUACGUAUUUUUCGUGCUACGCGCGUUGCUUGAAGUCGUACGUACGUUUCCGAGGUUCCAACUGAUGUUUCGCAAAGUACUUACAACAAUUGACAUGUAUGACGUAUCUGCAGCUUCUAUUCUGAUUGCCUCGCAGAAAUGUCAAAACUGACGAAACCAGUCACGAUACAGCAAUUCCAGGUGGCACUGAUAGCUCGUCAUUAAACCACUGUAUAAUCAGUUUUUGUAUCACAUUAACAACUUUACAUAAAAAACUGAUGGUGGGUACUUUGAAGUUUGAAUUAUGGGCAAACACAAUCUAGUCACCAGUUACCUCUCUACGCCCCAUAUCGGCACAUGUGACAUAUCGCUUUACUAAGUCACUAACGUGCGCUUUACACGAAGUGCCAACUCUAGCACUUUCACACCGACCGCGUUAUGGAAAAUUCACACAGUCAAUGCACGGUGUAGUAUGUGGUUUGUAUUCAAACAAGUGCAGGUUUAUCAUUUUAUGCAAAUGGCUUUCUGAUUAGCUGCUGCGGAGUGAUGUUCCACGGAAAUACUUUA